ACGACGAACCAGUGUGGUCACGUAAGCCCACCAUACCGCAUGGUGGAUACAUGUUUCCUUUAACUCGACAUCGUAUAAAAUGCUAUAAUUGUGUAUUGUUGUUAUUUUCCAAGGGGUACAACGAUCUUGCGGAGCAGCCACAUCCAGGCUUGGAAAUACGAGUAUUAGUACAUCCCUGGUUGCUGAAAUAUUGAGACAUAAUUGAAUUAUAAUCUGCACAAUUCAAAGAAAGAAAAAAAAUUGGAGCUUUUAAUAUUUGCUCCUCAAUAUUAACUCGCUGUUAAAAAUGAAGUGGUCACCCGGGGCUCUAUUUUGUGAACAAGUUGGUGAACUCACUCGAGUUUUCUCACAAUGGAAUGAAUGUGAGCAGACUGUGGUUUUAUAUGCACUACUUCGUCGCAUUCCUGCAGUUCAAGCAAGAUUUCUCGCACAAGCAGUGCAGCAUUCCUUGCACUCUGUUUCUGAAUUGGACUCACAGGAAUUAAAUGCCAAUAAUCCAUCAUUUAUUAACUCAUUGCUCUCAGAAUCAACAGAAGUUGCUAUAAAUCAACUUCUAACACAUUUGCCAUUGUUAAAGCCUGGGAACAUAGAGUGCAAACAAUGCUACUUAGUGGCGAUACCAGAAUUAGUAAGCCACUGUGUAACUACAGGGCAAUACACCGAACAAACUCAACAACUCUUAACUAUAACUAGUCAAGAUAGACGUUCUUUGACUCAGUGGCUUCGACAUCUUGAAGAACGUAUCAGUGGUACACCACCAAUACACAGUCUUGAGGAGUAUACUAAUACUACUAUUAGGUGGGAUAAUACAUGGCAGCGAAAUUCUAAACAGCAAAGUGAACAGACAACUUUGUUUGGUACACAACCAGGUACUGCCUUCAAUUUGCAAUUUCCUCCACCUGUGACUCGUCAACGGCGAUCAAACAGUUUAACACCACCCGUUGCUCCGCCUCAUCAUUUAGAAGUUGUUGACCGCACUAACAACGUAAAUUGCACAACUAAACAUAAGCCACGAAGCUUUAGCGUAUCUGGUGAUCAUACAAGCAAUCUUAUUGGAUUAGGCCCAUUGAGCCCUCAAAGUUCUUGCGCAAGUAGCGGCAGCGAAGGCCGUUUAGAUGAAACGUCUAAUCGGUCGCUUGCUAGUGGUAUGAGAGAUGUUCCGUCAUGGCUUAAAACUUUACGUCUUCACAAAUAUAGUUAUCUAUUUGUCACUCUCAGUUACGAAGAAAUGCUUCAAUUGACUGAGGAACAAUUAGCAGAACAGGGUGUGACAAAAGGAGCCAGACAUAAACUAGCCCUUUCUAUUGCAAAAUUACAGCAACGUUAUACCACACUUUUAAACUUAGAGAAAGACUUGUUACAACCAACCCGCGAUAAUACACAAUCGGCUUCGUUUUUACAAGGACCAACAGUACUGGUCAAUACAAUUGACGAAUUGAAAACAAUUUUAGCUACUCCUAUGAAACCUAGCCAAGAGAAUGAUCCUCAAGACAUACCUGCACAAUUCACUAAAGUUCUUGGCAAAUUGUGUAGUCGAUUGGCACUGGAUAGCGUGGACGACGGUAUUUUGUGCGCUUGUAUUAACAUAUUGGAGAAAGUAUUGCAGCAUGAUUGUUUUACUCCAAAUCAAAAGGAGAAGGUACAACAAUGGCGCAGUAGACUUGGAAAUCCACGACCAACUCCAAAAUGGCAACACAAUUACGGCUACAAUAACAGAAGGUACUGUAACCCGCAGCAGCACAAUAGAAAACCAAGUUUAAACUUAGGACACAUUCAUAAUACACAUUCGCAAAACAAUUCUUUUGUGGUUAGCACUCAUAGAAACAGUAUAUCUACACCAUACUUACAAAAUAAUCAGAACCAAAGCGUAAAUCAGAAUACUUUGCGUCCAAUUCAUACGACCAAAAAACGACCUAGCUUACAAGAAUCUAGUUUACAGCAAUUGCAAAGAACGUUACAGCGUACAUACAGUGCGCCGAGGGAUCAUUUUCUUAGCCCUGGUAGCAACAAUGCGCCCGAGACAACGGAGCCAGAAAUCAACUCUCGCCUCGAAUCUCUUUGUUUAAGAAUGACGGAACAAGCAAUUGGUGGUUUCGGCGAGGCCUAAUAAAUUCUCCGUUUUAUUCUUUGACUGGAUCUACGCAGUAAGUCCUGUUAAGAAACAGAAAAAAAAAGAAAAAAAAAAUUAUAAAACGAUAUACGUGUUCGAGCUCCGUUCUUUCAAAUUCGAAGGCAAGACUGAUGUCCGUAUAUCU